UACGUCACACGGGUCAAAGUGUCAUUGCACGUGAAACUCCGCCUUAAACAAACUUGCUCUAUAUUUCAUCAUCGAUUUACUAAAAUCUCGAUUUUGCGCUAUAUUUGUGAUAUUUUUGGAGUGCGGCCGUGUUUGAAGAGUGCCUGCAUCAGUGUGAGCGCACUGUGAGAUGGAGGGCUCUGGUGACCCCGGCGGGCCCCCGAGGACCCCUCAGGUGGGUGGAGCCAGAGGGUUGCCGAUGGGCCGCCGGCUCCCCGCCUCCAUCACUCCGGGACGCCUUCCCACAAUGCGCUCCAGAGACCUCACGUUAGGAGGCGUCAAAAAGAAAACCUUCACCCCCAAUAUUAUCGGUCGAAAAUCAAAAGAGGAAUUAAAAGCUGAUGAAGGAAAGAGACGGGAUAAGAAGGAUGUGGAUCGAGGCCGGCAGCGGGACGGGCGAGGGAGGGGACGGGGUCGUCCUGAGGUCAUACAGUCCCACUCCAUCUUUGAGCAGGGUCCUGCUGAGAUGAUGGCCAAGAGGAAAGGUUUAUACGAUGACACCAGAGAAAGCGCAAACACUGGUCCUUCACCCAUCAUCAACAUCAAGAAGGAGAAGGAGACCGAAGAGGAGACCAAAGAAAUCCUGCGCAAACUGGAGAAGGACAAUUUUGUGGACGACCCUCACCUGCGAGGGCAACGAGAGAGCUGUCCCGUUCAGCUCCCGCUGGCCGUGUCCGGAUGGGUCUUCAAGCAGGAGUUCAGCGAGAAGAGCUCGUCCGACCCGGAGCCGAUCAGCACCGGAGCGGAAGUCAAGGUCAAGCAGGAGCCGCUGGAUAUUCCUGAGGCAAAGGCGGAGCCAAUGUUCAGACUGCCACCCUUGCCCGAACCUGAUUUGCUGCCUGAUUUACUGGAGGUGUGGAAUCACUGCAAAGAGGAGGAGCUUCUCUUCAUGCAGCUCCCUGAUUCGCUGCCAGGCCAGCCGCCCACCACCGAUGUCCGGCCCACUAAAACAGAGGUUCAGUCCAGUGAUGGACAGACCAUGAUGCAGAAGACCGAGACACAGGAGUCUCCUCAAGAAGAGAACAGCUGUUGUCUGAAGGAUCUACAGGAGGGUUUGGUGGGAAAGAUGCUCGUGAGGAAGUCGGGGAAAGUGCAGCUUAUUCUGGGUAACGUGACCCUGGAUGUGGCCUUGGGAACCCCAUGCGCCUUCCUGCAGGAACUGGUCUCAGUAAAUACCGAGGGCCGAAGGGGAGACAUGUCUGUGCUGGGACACGUUAAACACAAGUUGGUUUGUUCUCCGGACUUCCAGGCUCUUCUGGAGAACCGAGCUUGAGGAACGGCGGCUGGGAAUCGAAUGCUGUAUAUCCCUUUGUGUGGAAAUAUUCACUGAUGGAGAACUCGGAGUGAAUGAACGAAAGUUAUUUAUGUGUGCAAGGAAAUGUAUUUAGAAGAAUAUAUUAAUUGUCAUUCAGGAGUGAGACACUAUUACACAUGUAAAUAUUGUGGGUUAGAAUAAAUAAUA